AUGGCAGAAAACAAUCAACUCGCUCCAAGGACCUUGGGAGAUUAUAUGACUCCAGCCCGAGUUCCACAGACGGCGAGCAUUGUUAGACUGACUAUAGAGGCUAACAACUUCGAGCUGAAGCUCGCGCUGCUGCAACUGAUUCAAAAAGAUCAAUUCGCCGGAGGAAGCACAGAGAACCCCUAUAGUCAUCUUCAUGACUUCCUACUUUACUGUGAUACAUUAAAAGUAAAUGGAGUUUCUCGUGACGCUAUCUUGCUCAGAUUAUUUCCAUGCUCACUGAAGGAUGAUGCAAGAGCUUGGCUGCAGUCUCAACCUGAAAGAAACAUAACCAGUUGGGAUGAUUUAGCAAGAAAAUUCUUGGCCAGAUUUUUCUCAGCUUCAAAUAUGGCAAGACUCAAAGCGGAAAUCACUUCUUUUGAACAAAAAGAAAGCGAAUCUCUGUACGAGGCUUGGGAGCGAUUUAAGGGAUUACUCAGGAAGUGUCCAGAACAUGGAAUUGAAGCAUGGGAGAAAGCAAGAAUCUUUUUCCAAGGGAUAACGCCCAACACAAGAACUCUGGUAAAUGCUGCUGCAGGAGGUUCCUUGAAAACAAAAACUCCAGAGGAAGCGCUAGAAUUGUUGGAAUCCUUAGCUUCUCAAGAAUUUGACAAUGCCCCAGUUGCACAAAGGAGAGCAAAAAUUAUGAAGCUCGACGGCUAUGAUGCAAUCUUAGCCCAAAAUGAACAAAUGCUACAAAUGCACAAGAAACAACAAGAACAAUUAGAAGCUCCUACUAAACAAUUUAAUCAUUCUCAAGUUUCUUCUGUUAGUAAUUCUCAAAUUAAAUGUGGUAUUUGUGCAGAGGCUUAUGCAACUGAAGAUUGUGACUACAUGAGAACAACUGAAAAGCUACCAGCGGAGGCCAAUGGACUCUACAAUCCUGAAAAAGCCGAAAAGAAACUAUUCAAGUGGGAGAAGAAGAAAGCUCUAGAAAGAUUGAACAAGCCAUUGGAUCUCUCCCCAUAUGCUCGAAUCCCUUAUCCUCAGAGAUUAAAUAGAGAUAUUGAGAAGCAUCAGUAUUCAAAGUUUUUAGACAUAUUCAGGAAAUUGCAGAUCAACAUUCCUUUUGUCGAAGCUUUAGAGAACAUACCCAACUAUGCAAGGUUCAUGAAGGAUCUAUUAUCAAGGAAGCGUAAGUUGCAGGAAUGUGAGACGGUGAUUCUGACGGAGGAAUGUAAUGUUAUCAUCCAAAAGAAGUUACCUACCAAAGUCAAGGAUCCAGGGAGCUUCAGCAUUCCAUGCACUAUAGGCAAGGUGGAAGUGGACAAUGUUUUAUGUGAUCUUGGAGCUAGCAUCAAUGUCAUGCCACUCUCCAUAAUGAAGAAGCUGGGGAUUACUGAAGUGAAGCCCACAAAGACGAUAGUGCAACUGGCUGACCGCUCUUCAAAGCAAGUUUAUGGCAUCAUUGAGGACAUAUUGGUAAAGGGAAUAUGA